UGAUUUGAUUGUUUUUUUCAAUAUUGAAACAAUUUUCGGUGAUAAAUAACAUCAUCAGAACAAACGAAGAAUCAUUUUAGUUUAGUCAUUUUUUACAUUAUUGUGAUUGUUUUUCAUUCAUUCAUUCAUUCAUUUCAAAAUGUAUUUUUCAUCAUUUUUAUCGAUUCAAUUGUUAAUCAUAUUAUCGAUUGUAUCGAUUAUAAUUACUGCCACAAAUUAUCGUAAUUAUAAUGAAUAUGAAUGGUCAAAUAGUCGGACACGUCGACAAGGGCUUAAAGGUCCAAAAUAUUAUAGAGGUGGUGGUGGUGGUGGCGAUAUAUCACAAUCAGGUUUAGCUGGUGGUGUACGACAAAAUAAUAUACGUCCAAUGCCAGCACGUUAUAAUGUUGCUAGACCAAAUAUGGUUAAUACAAGAUAUCCUGGACAAAAACAACAAUCUGGUCAAUAUUGGCAAGGUGAUAAUGAUAAUACUGUUGAUUCUGAACCACCAUCAUAUGGUGGUGUUCAAGGUACACCUGGUGUAGAUUUUCCUAAUUAUGAAAAAAUUCCAAAUACUGGAUUCAGUUGUAAUGGUGUUCCAUAUGAACCGGGAAUGUAUGCUGAUGAACAAACACAAUGUCAAGCUUAUCAUGUUUGUUUUCAAGGACGUAAAGAAAGUUUUCUUUGCGGUGUUGGUACUGUUUUUAAUCAAGCUAUACUUGCUUGUGAUUAUUGGCAUGCAGUUGAUUGUAGUCGUUCUAGACAAUUCUAUUCAGUUAAUGAAGAAUUAGGAAAAGCUGGUGCUGAACCAUCACAACAAGGUGGACAAGCUGCAUCAUUACGUGGACCAAAUGGUCCAUCAUUUAGUGCAUCUGGACCAAAAGGACCAUCUUUCUCAGGCGCUGGUCCAAGAGGCCCAUCAUACAGUGCAUCUGGUCCAACUGGACCAUCAUUUAAUGCUGCUGGACCAACUGGACCUUCAUUCAGUUCAAAUGGACCAACUGGACCUUCAUUUAGCGCUUCAGGACCAACUGGACCAUCAUUCAGCGCUUCCGGACCAACUGGACCAUCAUUCAGUUCAAAUGGACCAACUGGACCUUCAUUCAGUGCAUCUGGUCCAACAGGACCAUCAUAUAAUGCUGCUGGGCCAACUGGACCUUCAUUUAGCGCAUCUGGUCCAACAGGACCAUCUUAUAAUGCUGCAGGACCAGCUGGACCAUCAGCAGGAUUAAGAGGACCAUCAGGUCCAUCAUAUUCUUCAAAACAAAAAGGGCCUUCAUAUAAUUCAGCAGGACCAUCAGGUUCUUCAUCCAUUGAAUCUGGUUCUCCUGGCACAUCUUCAGAAGUUGAAGGAUCAGUCGGACCAUCAUAUCAAUCGGAAGGAUCAACUGGACCAUCAUUUCAAGCUGAAGGGCCAACUGGGCCAUCCUUCAGCGCAACUGGACCGACCGGUCCAUCAUUUAGUGCAACUGGACCAACCGGACCGUCAUUUCAAGCUGAAGGACCAACCGGACCAUCAUUCAGUGCAACUGGACCAACUGGACCAUCAUUCACUGCAACUGGACCAACUGGACCAUCUUUCACAGCAACUGGACCAACGGGACCGUCUUUCACUGCAACUGGGCCAACUGGACCAUCUUUUACUGCAACUGGACCAACUGGACCUUCAUUUCAAGCUGAAGGACCAACUGGACCAUCAUUCAGUUCAAAUGGACCAACUGGACCAUCAUUCAGCGUUUCAGGAUCAAGUGGUCCUUCAGGAUUUGGUCCAGGAACAUCACAAAUGAAAAGUGAUAGCGAUAUGGAAGUCGAAAGUGGUAACUUACAAAUUCAGCCACAAAAACCAUCCAGACCACGCGGUAGAGGACGUGGUCAAGCUGGUCGACAUGAAAUACCACCAUCAGUUGGUGGAUUAGAUGUUGAAUUAAUGUCUCAACCAGUUCAAAUGAUAUUAAGACCAAUGCCAAUGUCAGUAAGACCAAUGCAAGCGCCAAGAUAUAGUCCAUCAACCAGUGGAUUACAUGCACCAAUGAAUCGACCACAAGGUCCAAGAUAUAGUCCAUCAACAAGUGGAUUACGUGCACCAAUGAGUCGACCACAAAGUUCCAAAUAUAAUCCAUCAACAAGUGGAUUACGUGCACGACCACAACAAAGUCCAAGUAGAUAUAAUACUGGUUCACAAGGACAAUCAUUUCGAAUGAUUCAACAACAAAAACAACAACAAUUUGAUAAUACACAACAAAAAAUUGAGUAUUAAUCAAUCAAUCAAUCAAUCAAAUUUUCUUUAAUGAA